AUGCUGGACCGCACCCCAACUAGGGACUUCACCGUCCUGCUGGGGUACUUCAACACUUAUAUGGGCAAUGACAGCGUGACCUGGAGGGUGACUCAUAAAAACCUCCAUGAGCCUAUGUACAUUUUCAUUGCAGCUUUGUUAAUUAACUCUGCUCUUUUCAGCACCAUGCUCUACCCAAAGCUUCUGAUUGACAUGUUAUCUGAAAAACAAAUGAUAACUUAUCAAACCUGCCUCUUUCAGUGGUUUGUAACUUACUCUUUGGGAGGUUCAGAGUAUUAUCUGUUGUCUGCCAUGUCCUAUGACAGAUAUGUAUCCAUAUGUAAACCUCUGCAAUAUCCAAUGAUCAUGAGAAAAACGACUGUCAGUAUGUUUCUUGUUUUAGCUUGGCUUCUGCCUGCUUGUCAGAUUACAGUGCCUGUUAUGCUGAGUGCUAAUGCCAAACUGUGUAAUUUUACUUUCAAAGGAAUAAGUUGCAACAGCACAGUUUACAAGCUCCACUGUGUCUCUUCCAGGUUAUUGCAUAUAUAUGGCUUAGUGGCUUUGGCAAAUGGUGUACUUCUUCCUGUGCUAUUCAUACUUUUUACAUACAUUAGGAUUUUUGUGAUAACCUAUCGAAGUUGUAGAGAAGUCAGGAAAAAAGCUGCACAGACCUGUUUACCUCACCUGCUGGUUUUAAUUCACUUCUCCUGA